AUGGUAUGUGAAAAUCACCGCAGCUUGUAUAACCUCAAACAGGCUGCAUCAGCAUGGUUCAAGAAGAUCCGAAGACAACGUCGGCGAGAGUGUGUUGUUAACGUGGUGCUGUAUGUGGAUAAUUUGCUUGUUGGAAGCAAGACACAAGCCAUUGCUGACGGUUUCUGCGACGAACUGUGA